AUGAACGAGUAUGAAUGGAUGAUGUACGGAGGAGUGCUUAUAUUGGAUGAUGUAUGUUUGAAUGUAAUAUUUUUUUCUAAUAUUUGUAAUUUUUUGUCAAUUUCAAAUUACAAUUUAUAAGAGGGAAAUUCUAUACCACCAAGAAUGUUUACUAAAUUGAUUAUUGAACCAAUUCUUCUACAUAUUUUUAUAGGAUCACGUCACUUCGAUUCUUACACAAACUACACAUCUUGGCAGUUGGGCAACUGAAACCCCUUGUUGAUUAUGCCCUCGAUGAGGAAAAAAGGAGCACGCCAUCAAAGACAUGACAAAUGAAGCCUUGCUCCUCUUCCUUAAAAAGAUAGGAUGUUCAAUAUUGUCUCCAAACCUGAUUACCAAGCCUUAGCAACCAUUCUUAAAUCAUGUGCUGCUUCCAUUGCUGACAUCAACUUUGGGAAAGCUCUUCAUAGCCAUCUUGUUAAGCAUGGCCACACUUCCUGCAACCUUGUUUCCAAAUCACUACUUAACAUGUAUUCUAAGUGUAAUGCUCUUGAUGACUGUCAAAAACUGUUUGCUCAAAUAACCCAUUGUGAUUCAGUCAUGUGGAACAUAGUCCUAUCUGGGUUUGCUCUGUCCAGGUCCAUGAAUCAUGAUUCUGAGGUUUUGAGGUUGUUUCAUUCAAUGCAUAUUGGGAUAGAUCCUAAACCCACCUCUGUAACUGUUGCUAUCAUUCUUCCUGUGUGUGCACGCACAGGAGCCUUGGUUUCAGGCAAAAGUGUGCACUCUUAUGUGAUCAAAUCUAGGUUAGACUCUCAUACCUUGGUAGGCAAUGCUCUGGUAUCCUUUUAUGCCAAAUCCGGGCAUGCCCAUGAUGAUGCAUAUCAUGUGUUUGAAAGAAUUCCUGAGAAAGAUGUUGUUUCAUGGAACGCGAUAAUUGCUGGAUUUGCAGAGAACAAUUUUAAUGACGAUGCUUUUAAAUUGUUUAGUUGGAUGGCGAAAGGAUCAAUAUCACCUAAUUACGCAACUAUUGCAAACAUUUUGCCUGUUUGUGCUUUGUUACACGAGAAUAUUGCUUACCAUUUUGGGAAAGAGAUACAUUGCCAUGUGCUGAGGCGGGCUGAGCUGGUAGCAGAUGUUUCAGUAGUCAAUGCUCUUGUGAGCUUCUACUCGAGGAUUGGACAAAUGGAAGAUGCAGAGUCUGUGUUCCAGAGAAUGACAACGAGGGAUUUAGUUUCCUGGAAUACAAUAAUAUCUGGGUACACCUCAAACAGUGAAUGGUUGAGAGCUUUGGAGUUGUUUCAUGAAUUCCUCUCAGUGGACCGGGUUGGACCAGACUCUGUCACUCUUCUCAGCAUUCUUCCUGCUUGUGCCCAUUUACGUAAUUUGCAGGUGGGCAAGCAGAUUCAUGGGUAUGUUAUACAUCAUCAUCGACUAAACGAUGAUACAGCAGUGGGAAAUGCCCUAAUAAGUUUUUAUGCAAAAUGCAGCGACAUAGAAGCUGCAUUCAGGACCUUUUUAUCAAUUUAUAGGAGAGACUUGAUAUCGUGGAAUGCUAUUCUUGAUGCCAUUGCAGAAAGUCAGCUUGAAUGUCAGUUUGUUGGCCUCUUACAUUGGAUGCUUGAGGAAAGGAUAAGACCCGACUCCAUAACUAUCUUGGCUAUAAUUCAAUUUUGUGCUAAUCUUUCCAAAGUCAACAAGGUUAAAGAGGCUCAUGGAUUUUCUAUAAAGUCUGGUCUUUUGCUAGGCGAUGUUACGCCUACUCUUGGCAAUGCAAUAAUCAACGCAUAUGCCAAAUGUGGUGAAAUGGAGUACGCAUCGAAGAUUUUUGAAAGUUUAUCGGGGAAGAGGAAUGUGAUCACAUGCAAUUCAAUCAUCUCAGGAUAUGUGAGUUGUGGCUCACCCAAUGAUGCACAUAAGAUAUUUCAUGGUAUGUCUGAAAGGGAUCUCACCACUUGGAACCUAAUGAUUCGAGUUUAUGCUGAAAAUGAUUGUCCCGGUCAAGCUCUAAGUCUGCUUCAUGAGCUAAAAAGUCAUGGAGUGAAGCCUGAUGACGUAACUGUUAUGAGCCUCCUUCCUGUUUGUGCUCAAAUGGCCUCAAUCCACCUGCUCAGGCAAUGCCACGGAUAUGUGGUUAGGGCUUGUUUCCAAGAUGUUCGCUUGAAGGCAGCUCUGUUAGAUGUAUAUUCGAAAUGUGGAAGUAUCAAUUCGGCAUACAAGCUCUUCCAAUCAGCUCAUCAGAAGGAUCUGAUUAUCUUCACGGCUAUGGUUGGAGGGUAUGCCAUGCAUGGCAUGGGAAAAGAAGCAUUGGGUGUCUUCUCUCACAUGCUUGAUUUGGGUGUAAAGCCAGACCAUGUUAUAAUAACUGCGGUAUUAUCUGCUUGCAGUCAUACUGGCCUUGUUGACGAAGGAUUGAAGAUUUUUUAUUCAAUAAACAAGGUACAUGGCAUGGAACCAACCACGGAGCAGUAUGCUUGUGUGGUGGAUCUCCUUGCUCGAGGAGGUCAAAUUAAUGAUGCAUAUUCUUUUGUGUCUAAAAUGCCCAUUGAAGCUAAUGCCAGUGUAUGGGGGACGUUACUUGGUGCUUGUAGAACCCACCAUCAGGUGGAAAUGGGACGUGUUGUCGCUGAUCAGCUUUUCGAAAUUGAAGCUAGUGAUAUUGGAAACUAUGUGGUGUUAUCAAACUUAUAUGCUGCAGAAGCUAGAUGGGAUGGUGUUCUUGAGAUAAGAAGGCUUAUGAGGACAAGAGAUCUCAAAAAGCCUGUUGGAUGCAGCUGGAUUGAAGUGGGGAAAAGAGAAAAUGUUUUUAUGGCUGGAGAUUGUUCUCACCCACAAAGAAAUAUUAUUUACAACACAUUAUGUAUAUUGGAUCGACAAAUCAAAGAGCCAUUUCAGUUUUGAAUUAGCUGACUUUAAACUUUGGAAUUUUGAAGUGACAUAAAAAUCAGGUAAAUUCCAAUUUCAUGUUAAGUUACGUGACAAUUUCAUGUGGCCUGAAAUAUGCUUUGACCAAUUCUUUAUUCUGGAGACUGGAUCAAAUAUGAGGCACUCAUCUGCUGAUACCACACCUGUGUUGAUGGUGAGAAGGAUUAUGUCGAACAUUUCAUGGGUAUUAUUUUGGCUGCAUCUAAAGCAUUGCUGUAUCUCUGUAGACCAAGGGCUUCUUGGCACCUUAUUUGUUGGAACAAGGAAACUACUUGAUAGGCCAUGGAUUUGAGGUCUAAAAAGGACAUUACCAAGUGUUUGAAAAAUACUUUUGCUGGUAGUCAAGAGUCAGAAUCUUUACAAUCUGGUGGGGGAAAGUUCUAGUGUCACCCUUUCUAACUACAUAGUUGUCUCUGUUCUCAUUAAAUUUACUACCUGGAAAGUAAAAUGCAUUUAUGCAUCUUUAUGUUGUUAAAAUGUACUUGACAAGGAAGAAGAAAUUGGGGUGAAUUUAUGCAUUAAGGAGGUUUAGUAAGCACAAUGCCAGAUUUCUCUACCAUUUUCACAUGAACUACCAAGACUCAGUUUUUUUGUCAUUAUUCUUGUCAUGGAUGACAUCAUGCGAAGU